AUUCUCAUACUUCUUUCCUUUGCUAACUGGUGUUGUGUUCAACAAUGCCGGAGCCUGCAAAAUCCGCUCCCGCGCCCAAGAAGGGCUCGAAGAAAGCCGUCACCAAAGCCCAGAAGAAGGACGGCAAGAAGCGCAAGCGCAGCCGCAAGGAGAGCUAUUCCAUCUACGUGUACAAGGUGCUGAAGCAGGUGCACCCGGACACCGGCAUCUCGUCCAAGGCCAUGGGCAUCAUGAACUCGUUCGUCAACGACAUCUUCGAGCGCAUCGCGGGCGAAGCGUCGCGCCUGGCGCAUUACAACAAGCGCUCGACCAUCACGUCUCGGGAGAUCCAGACGGCCGUGCGCCUGCUGCUGCCUGGCGAGCUGGCCAAGCACGCUGUGUCCGAGGGCACCAAGGCGGUCACCAAGUACACCAGCUCCAAGUGAGUCCCCGCUGGGACGCGGCGCUCGCCCGAGUCGCCGGGCCGCUUGACUUUCCAAAGGCUCUUUUCAGAGCCACCCACUUAAUCCCCAGAAAAGAGCUUUGUUCACUUGUUUUUCCUUAGUUCCUUUCACAAAGUAAAUUGUUCUAGUCGGCUAAAAGCAAUGGAAUAAGGCACACGUAGCUUUUAAGCUCUCUAUGACUUGAGGUUCCCGGCGCGUGACUGGCUUUGCUUUCCAAUCUAGGACGCGUCUUAACCCCUCACUGCUUGCUUAGCUUUUCUAUGAGUCAGUUCUAAAUUAGGAUACUGAGACUGCUCCUCCCCACCCUCCGCUCCUAGACUGUUGUCCUGGUGGCUCUGUUGGGUAUGUUUCAUCGGUGUUCUAAAACGAAGUGAUUUCGGCCAUCAUUUAAGAAAGGACCCCAAGACACAACUGAGCCCGGGUCCUGCGAACACUGCGUCACAACCCUGAAGAAUUCUGCCGAGAGUUUGGCAGCUGCCUGGGUGCUCAGUCACCAGUUACGCUCAGAGAUGUGGCCGCCUGUGGAUACAGGCGGUUCGCGGCACUUAGGACAGAGCCCGCGCUGCCUGGUCUCAGCUUUUCCCUGAUUGGACGACAUGAAUAUUUAAAAUCUCGCGCCACUCCAGAAUUCAUAGAUUCUGGUUGGUUUCCGUCACUCACUGGCGCUUUGAAAUUCCUAUUAUUUCUUGGUUGGUGGAUCAUUUUUGCAUUUAAUUCUCUUUUCUUGGAGCGUUCUGACCUCAAGUCGCUGCAAGGCACUAGCCAUUUUAGUAUAGGCUCAAACGUCACCUCUCAGACACCUACCCAAGUCCUCCACUCAGGAAUUUGCCUUUCUCUGUUCCUGCCUGUCCUUGUCCCUCACUCUAGUUUAUCUUCAUCCUAGCAGCUGUCAGAAAUGGUAUUGUUAGUUUAUUUUCUUGCUUACGGUCUUUCUCCUCAAGCCCUUAGAAAUUUUGCUGGUCUGGUUUUCCUUUGUAUUGUCAGUGCCAACCAGUGCUGGGCGCUCAGGGGACACUUCAAUACUUAUUGAAUUAAUAUUUGUUGAAUUAAUUUUAAUGUCCCACUCUUUUUAAAUCGCUUCCCUGGAUGGAUGGGUGCAGUUCCUUUCCCGUAGGUGUAUGUGAAGACGUGAUGAAAAUGGAAAUGUUUUUGGAGCUCCUUCCCCAAGUCUGUGGUCACCUCAGGGCAACAGCUGGGAGGAGGCCUGUGUUAAGAAUUUUUUUUUUUUUUUUCUCUCAUGAAGGAGGAGGUGGCAGUUUUAAGUCCUUUCUUUAUGCUUCUCAAUUUGGCUUAAUCUCUUGGAUUUUCAUUAAAUUCAAGACGUGGUCACUAGAAGAUCCUUUUCCUUUCUUCAUUUGUGACACCCUCCUUCCAUCCUGAUCUUUUGUUCCCCACAGAGCUGAGCUUUUAGUUUACAUUCACCAUCUCAUUUGCUUUUCUGGAGACCCUAUAAAAUAGACAAGGUUAAUAUGUAUUUAAAAAAGAGGUUAAGAGAAGCAAAGUGAUUAGUCCAUUGGUCAUGCAGCUGACAUUGUCCACCUUUGUAUCCUCAGAUGCGAAGACAAUUGCAUUUUAGUUUUAUUUUGUGUAAGUAAAGAAUGUUGAAUAUUUCUGUCCAAGCCUUGAUUUUGCUAAUAGACAUUGAUGGUAUGAUUAGUUAUUCAACUCUGCUUUUGGGUAAGGGGUCCUGGAGUUGAGUGCAGCAGGGGUUUCAUGAAUCCAAAUGGACUCCAGACAUUAUCAGAGACGAAUAAGUCUUAUGUUUCCUACAUGUGUGUUUUCAGGUGUGUGUAGAUGCUAUUGUUAUUAAUAAAGUUACCAGUCAAUUUAAAA